AUGUUGCUUAGUCACUUCACGCGAGCCAGCAGAGUUAAAGCGUUUUGGCCAUUGUCCCGCCGCGGGCUCUCCUCGGGAUCCGACUUGGCGUUUGUUUUCGAUAUAGAUGGAGUGCUUAUGAGAGGAGCCAAACCGAUUCCUGAAGCGUCGAAGUCACUAGAACUUCUCAACGAGCACAAAGUGCCUUUCAUUUUGUUGACCAACGGAGGGGGAGUUUCAGAGAAGUCCCGCGUGGACUUUCUUUCAAGCCAGCUAAAGGUGCCCUUGUCGCCUUUGCAGAUUGUCCAGAGCCAUACUCCAAUGAGAGUGUGGGCAGAGGGUGGAAAUUACCAUAGAGUGCUAGUUGUUGGUGGCAAUGAUGAUAAGGCUCGGUAUGUGGCACAGGACUAUGGGUUUAAGGAUGUGGUGGUGCCGAUGGAUAUCGUCAAAGCGGACCCUUCGGUUUCGCCGCAUCACAGGUACACGGAGAGGCAAUUGGCUGAGAUGGCGCGUGAUGUGGACUUGAGCAAGCCUUUUGAUGCGAUCUUGGUAUUCAACGACCCCAGAGACAUGGGCACAGAUUUGCAAAUUGUGCUUGAUCUCUUGAAUUCAAAAAACGGACUUGUGGGCACAAAGAGGCCAGCUACUGAGCGAUCUGCGAAACCAGCCGUUCCCAUUGCGUUUAGUAAUAACGACUUUGUGUGGGCGAACGACUAUGUGUUGCCAAGGUUUGGCCAGGGGGCAUUUAGAAUGGUGGUGGAGCGCCUUUAUGCUGAGAUGAAUGCGUUGCAAGAUAGAGACACAUUAGAGCUGACAAUCUUGGGCAAGCCGUUCCCAGUACAGCACGACUACGCCCACUGGGUGUUGAUAGAAUGGAACAAGAUUAUUCACGGCCACAAGAGCCAUGGAUUCAUUCCUGCGUUGCACGCCAAACCAGAGAGUUCUCCCUUCAAGAAUAUUUACAUGGUGGGGGACAACCCAGAGUCCGACAUUGCUGGGGCCAACGCGUGUGGCUGGAAUUCUAUUCUUUUACGAACAGGAGUUUUCAAGGAUGAAGAUUGGGAGAUCACUGUCCACAAGCCCAAUGUUGGUUUGUUUGACAACGUUCUAGACUCUGUUAAGUACGUUCUCGAAAACAGGAAACUAUAG